AUGGAAAAAGUCAUCGCCUAUGGCAGCUUUGCUCUAACAAAGGAGCAACGUCGGUAUUGUACAACCAGGAAAGAACUUCUGGCGGUGGUUCGUUUUACAAGACAGUUCAGGCACUAUUUACUAGGCAAACCAUUUACGGUUAGGACUGAAGAGGACUGGAGACGGUUCAGGGAUCGCCUGAAUAUGCCCGAAGUGGUUGCUCUAGGGGAAGUUGGCUUGGAGCGCAAUGAGCCACCAAAUCAGUGGUAUACCCAGAUGUUGAAUCUGGAGAAGGCGUUAGAUUGCUUAGGACCAAACCAUGUCCUAGUGUUACAUUGCAGGAGUGUGGGGACGGAAUCCGACGAAGCAUGGCUGACUAUCCUCAUGAUUCUGAAGGCGCAUCGGUCAGUGGGACGGGAACACCUUAUCCACUGCCAUUGCUUUACGGGCAGUCGCUCACUAGCAGAGAGAUGGAUUGCGGAGUACCCAAGCACGUACUUCGGUUUCACUUCGGUGGUGUCCAAAUAUAAGGAGCCUGGGGACCAUGACAGGUUGGAUUGGAUAAGGCAUGUUGAUCCGGGACGAAUUCUCCUAGAGACUGAUGCUCCAUACUUUCCGGUUCCUGGUGCAGCCCUUCGAAGGUCGACACCAGCUGCCUUGGGGUACACCGCGGCUGAGGUAGCCAAGAUCCGCAGUGAGCCAUGGAGAGAUCUUCUUCAAAGAGCCGCCACCAACACGGAACGGCUCUAUGUCAGAAAGAUGCCUCCAGAGUUGGCCUAA